AGGAAAUAUAUUCCUUUGGCAACCCGUAAUCAAUGGGAUAAUUUUUUUGAUCGAUUGCAGAAGGGCAGUGAAGGUUGCCCUAUUUGCAACCUAAGGGAAACGCAUGAACAUAUCUUUCGCGAUUGUGGCUGGGUUCGAAGAGUAUGAAGAUCUAGCCCUAUGGGUUCAUACAUCGACAGAGAAGAGGAUCUUACCUCGGAUGAGUAGUUUUGUGAGCUCUAGGAGACGAAAUCUGAAGAAGUUAGAGGAAUGGGAGAUACUGCCUAGAGCAAGCGAUUGGUUACCGGAUUACAUGGAGAAGCAAUUGCAACACCAAUCCCAGGGACGACAGGAAGAACAGCAGUGGAAGCCACCGACGACGGUUCCCAUGAAGAUUAAUGUUGACGCAUCAUGUUUUGCGGAUUGGGGAACGAGAUGGUGAGUGGUAAUUAGAGAUGGAGGAGGAAGGUUUAUGUUUGUUGGGGUUAGGAGGUCAAGGAAGGAUCCAGUGGAACCCAGAAGAGGCAGAAGCAAUGAUCAUUGAUUUCAGCCUUGACCUAGCACACAUGUUUGCUUUACGGGAAAUGGAGAUUGAAUCGGAUUUCCAGGGAGUGAUUCACCAGCUGCAACGAGAGGAAGGAAGGGAGACAAAUAUUGGGUUGGUCUGUGCGGAAAUAAGGGCCAAGGUCCGGA